GCCUCAGUCAUUUUGGCAGCGCGAUGCGAGAGAGACAGAGAGAGGGAGAGAGAGAGAGACAGACGCGGAGCUAUGAAAGCGGACCUUCUGCCAGAGAUGUCGACGGAGAGGAAUCCCUGAAACCACCGCUGCCCAGGAAAUAUGGACAAAUCUGGUUCGGCGUGCGAGUGCGGGCUGUUUUCUGUCGGUUUUUGCAUAUUGCUACAGUGUAGUGGACCAGGAUGCCGUGUGGGCGAUGCUGCCACAAGGGAUACGUUGUGAUUUCGCAGAGAUGUUUUAGCAACCGAUGCAUAAAUUAAAAUAAGAAGAAGAAGAAGGAGAAAAAAACAAUCACAUGAUUGAUUGAUUGAUUGAUUGAUUGAUUGAUUGGAGUCCAAAGGAAUCUAAUAGGACAUCACCACCUGUUACUAGAAAACCAGCUCUCGAGUGGUUCUAGGAUCAGGAUGAUACCAUAGCCACAUCCUCCUCCUGUUACUGCAGCACGACCACCGAUAAGGGACCUCGAGGAGAGAAACCUCACUUCACGAUAGCCUCUUUUUGCUCUCCAGCACCGGCUCCUCUGGGAAUAAUCCUGCAGCACUUACAGAGUAGCAGGAGAGGUGACAGCAUUGCUCCCCCACCACCCAAGUCUGACAGCCAUGAUCCGGGAAGGCCCUCUGCUACGACUCAGAUCGGGGAUCAACUCACUGCUCGAUGGCUAGGGCUGAACGUACAAAGAGCUGGGGGCCUUUCUGCUGAGUAUCCCUCACUGCAUAGUAGCACAUGGAUUUCAAGACUUCAAAUGAAGAGACAAAGACUGGGAUUUAUUUGAUGCAAGAAGGUAAUGAGGAGCCGUUUAAUAUUCGACUACACUUGGCCAAAGAUAUUCUGACCAUUCAAGAGCAAGAUGUCAUCUGUGUGUCAGGAGAGCCUUUCUAUUCGAGCGAGAGGACUGUAACGAUCAGGAGACAGACGAUUGGAGGGUUCGGUCUGAGCAUCAAGGGUGGAGCAGAGCACAAAAUCCCUGUUGUGAUAUCAAAAAUAUCAAAGGAGCAGAAAGCUGAACUGUCUGGGCUGCUUUUCAUCGGAGACGGCAUCCUUCAGAUAAAUGGAAUAAAUGUCAGGAGCUAUCGCCACGAGGAAGUGGUCCAGGUUUUAAGAAAUGCUGGUGAAGAAGUGACUCUCACGGUCUCUUUCUUAAAGAAGACUCCAGCCUUUUUGAAACUGCCCCUUUGUGAGGACUGUACAUGUGAGAACCCUCUCAUUCACCCCGGCAUCCCCAGUGACCAGAGUAGUGGGACCUCCUCUCCUCUGUGUGAUAGUGGCCUGCACUUGAACUACCAUCCUAACAACACGGACACCCUGUCCUGCUCGUCCUGGCCCACGUCCCCAGGGCUUCGCUGGGAGAAGAGAUGGGUGGACCUGCGCCUUAUUCCUCUGCUACACUCACGCUUGUCACAGUAUAUCCCCGGCUCUGACGUUUCCAGGAAAAAUGCUUUCCAGGUCAUAGCAGUGGAUGGUGUUUGCAGUGGACUUAUACAGUUUCCCACAGCAGAAGAAUGCUUGGACUGGCUUCAGGCAAUUGCAAGCAACAUUUCCAGCCUCACCAAGCACAAUGUGAAGAAGAUUAACCGGAAUUUUCCAGUUAACCAGCAGAUUAUCUACAUGGGCUGGGUUGACGAGAAGGAGCAGGACUCCGUUCAGGACCGAAUGUAUUCACCAAAGUUCCUCGCUUUGAGGGGUUCCUCCCUCUUCAAGUUUUCAGCACCUCCUGUGACAACAUGGGACUGGACGAGAGCAGAGAAAAGCUUUACUGUGUACGAGAUAAUGUGCAAGAUUUUAAAGGACAGUGACCUUCUGGACAAGAGGAAGCACUGCUUCAGUGUUCAGACAGAGAGCGGGGAGGACAUGUUCUUCAGCGUGGAGCUGGAGUGUGAGCUGCUGAUCUGGGAGAAAGCUUUCCAGAUGGCCACUUUCCUGGAGGUGGAGAGGAUACAGUGUAAAACGUACGCCUGUAUUAUGGAAAGCCACCUUAUGGGACUCACUAUUGACUUCGGCAUGGGCUUUGUGUGCUUUGAUGCUGCGUCAAAGGCAGUGCUGUGGAGAUACAAGUUCUCCCAACUAAAAGGGUCGUCUGACGACGGGAAAAGCAAGAUCAAGUUUUUAUUCCAAAAUCAAGACUCCAAAUCUAUCGAAGCAAAGGAGCUGGAGUUCUCAAACCUCUUCGCAGUGCUUCACUGUAUUCACGCUUUUUUCGCUGCCAAAGUCGCUUGCCUGGACCCGAUGUUUGUGGAGAGCCAAGGCACCGCGACCACCACUGGGAUCGCUUCUCUUUCCAGUCUCUCCUGUAAUUCACAGACACCUAAGCUGAAAUACGCCACUUGACAGGUGCUGCUUUCACUGACCCCUUUUAAAAAGGACGCUGCACUUAAUCAUGAAUGUGGCCUGUGUCGAUGGUGGACAGGAGACCUGGAACACGUACAAACUCGGACAUUAUGGGGGGCAGCUGUGCGCACUGCUGGAAUAAAAGACCUCUUUGUGAGAGAUUACUUGACGUGUCUGCAGAUUUCUCAGAUUUCUGGAACAACUGUGGGCUGAAACUUCACAGAAAGACUCAAUGGACACAUAAGGUGUGACUCAAAAGGGUUUUUUUUAAAUGUGAUUUUGUCUCAGACAUCCUUAUAAUCAAUUACAAAAGAAAAUGCAGUUCUUUUCCCAAGCCAGUCUGCUUUUCUAUGUAAUUUUAUUGACCACUUGCAGUUUAAGCAACAUAGAUUCUAGCCUUUUCCCCACUUCAGAUGGUCCAUCACUUGAAUUUCUGCAAGGUAAAGCGUGGACACUGGAUAUGAUGGUAUGGUGUGUAAUUUGUGAUACUUGAUACCUUACGUUUUCUUUUUUUGGUGUGUUUUUGAGGUGGAAACUUUUAUCCAUAAUUCAAUUUGCUGAAAGAAAAACCAUUUUUCAGAUUAGAGUCUAACUAAAAGCUAAAUGGCAACAUCAGUCUGGUCUUAUAACACAAAAUCAGUUUAAUUUUGACAAAAUUUAAUUACACAGACGUUCGCUGGCAGCGUUGCUGGAUGAAAUGGAUUUCUUUAUAUUAAUUUCCUCUUUUCUUUAUAUACCUGUGUGAGGUAAGAAUAUGUCUACGUCUUGGAUUACUGACUAUAAAGGCACUUUGAUGAUCAGCUUCACCAUCAGCUCAGCCAUAAAGGGACGAAAACACUCGAAACAUGAUUAGAAACACCUUCCACGAUGUUUAUAGCACUUUUGAUUUUUUACCCCCAAACCUGAUUAUGUAAAUAAACACUGACAUUCAAAUGAACUCAAAGAAUUAUGAAUUAUGGUGAUUACUUGAGGGAUUACUUGUAGGGAUUAAGGCAUUUGUUAAUUUGAUGUGCACCCUAGACAACUAGGUAGAUAGCUCAUAACCUUGUGCUCUCUUCAUCAUUUACUCUAUGGACCAAUUUAGAGAAAUAAAAUCAG